AUGUGUGUGACUUUCAUUUCAUCUUCUGGAGGUCUUGCGGAGAAAGGAAUCACUUUGAAUGGCUGGAUUUUUGUGGAUAAUGAUGCAUAUAUGUGUUUUCUUUUUUUAAUCAUGUCGUAUUAACUUCAUAGGAGUCAUGCAUAACUAUUUUGGAGCUUGUUUCUUAAUUUUGACGUUUUGGACUGAGGCGUGCCGGUCGUCGGGUUAUUUGGAGAUCCAGUUGAUCAGCGUGGAGAAUGACAGGGGUGAGCUCGCGAAUGGAAACUGCUGUGACGGCGCACGGAGCGCGCAAAACGGUUUGUGCGAUCAGGACGAAUGUGACACGUACUUGAGAGUGUGUCUAAAGGAAUACCAAGUGGAGGUCACCACGUCUGGCUUAUGUACGUACGGCACUGGAAGCUCGAGCGUGGUCGGAGGGAAUACGUUUCAGUUGAAAGGAUUCAAUGGAAACCCAAGCAAGGCCAAUGACCUCGGGACCGUUAUCAUCCCCUUUCAGUUCGCCUGGCCGCGAGCGUACACUCUGAUCGUGGAGGCUUGGGACUGGGACAACCAAACGAUCCCAGACAGCAGUGAGUAAUGAUUUCUCAACACCUUGA